AUGAAGCAAUUUCAAACUUCGCAAAUAAAAUUAUGCCCGAUCAUGGUCAUGAAAUUGAAGAUUUUCAAUAUCAUACUUGGAAUGUAACUAAUUGGAGAAAUUUAGAAAGGAGAUUAACAGGUCCCGAAUUUGAGGCUGGCGGUUGGAAAUG